AUGGUUCCACUGCAAGUGCCAUCAAACUACAGUCUCUCCCAACCAGUCAUUAUCGCACUCUCUUGCUUCGUUGUCAUCUGCCUCCUCUUCUUCCUUGCCUUCGGUUACACAUUCCUACGUCAGCGGUGUAGCUCGGUUUCGAAAUCGGGCUACACAUUUCAUCAGUCAUCCUACGAGACUUUCGACUCGCAGACUCCAGCUCCAUCCAUCCUCCUUGACGAGCAAUUUGUCCAACCACCUGGUUCAAGUUAUCGUUCCACCACCCUCUCCCCUAUCCACGAAACUCAUUCUGAGAGUCUCAGAAUCCCUGUGCUAUCGCAUCGGCGCCAUUCUGCCCCAAAAUCUAUUCAAAACUUAUGGAGAAAUGAAAGACGAUUACUUCAUCGACCUACCAACAGUUGCAUCCAGUUCUCUCAACCAUCUAGCCACUCCCCCAUUCUCCACCUCUCAAUCAGCUAUGUCCACACUGUGGAGCUGUUUCGAGUAGUUGUAGACAAAAUUACUGGUCUGCCCCCAAAUGAAGGGGUCCGGAUGAUCUACACAUUACAAGUAAGGAUCAUUUCCAGGUCCAGAACCAGUGCUUAUUUAAGCAAACCCAUGGUCACUCCAGCAGUCCCAGAGUACCCUAAGUUCGAUCACCUAUUUGAGUAUGCAGUAAGCCUGCAGCGCUUGGAACAAGCUCGUAUGGAAGCCAAGCUCUACGCCAGGCCCUGGAACGAUAUAUUGACGCAUGGACGAAGGCGGUAUACAUUGGGAGCCAUCCCCUACUUAUCUUCGGGCACCUCCGAUGUCACCAGAGCUGUCAGUAUUGGGUCACGACCGGAGGUCAAUUUGACCGAGCUGUUACGAGAGUACAAGGAGGUUGGAAAGGCGGAAUUAGUGCUCAAUACAAGUUUGUUGCGUAGCAAUCCAUCGGCGCUGCAGUGCCUAACGCUGCCGCUCACCUAUUAUGAGGAGAGGGUGGUGCCAGAAGCCGAUGCAGAGAAAAAGACGAAGGAGUGA